ACCGCGAUAACGACAGUCCCAGACAGUCCGGUACCUAACCUCAAAGUGUGUCGAUAAAAACACAAUAUCUAUAAGGGAAUUUAUUUUUGUUACUUUAAAAUAAAUAAAAGUAGUUUAACGCAAUGUUUAUAAUAAUUUGAGAAACAAAAUUUAACAAGAAUAGUGAAUUAUUUUUAACUGGGAAUUCGUAAAAAACAAGUAUUUUGCAAUUUUUCAAUUAAGAACAUGUUUAUUUCAGGUCUUGUUUUUAGAAAAUCUUUUACAACUAAAAGUACUGUUACCGGAACGUCAGUGUUUAAAAAUUUAUUAGAAAAAUGUGUUGUACGAAGAUUUACAAAUUUUCAUUUUUGUAAAAAUUCUAAAUCUUUUUCUACUACAAAUCAAAGACAAAUAUCGUUCACAAGAUUCAACAAGUCGUCUAAAACUGAAGCAAAAAAUUUUGAUGGUUCAAGAACAAUUUUAAAUAAUGUUCUUAUAUUUAAAUUUGAACGUUCUACAACAUACAAGGUUGUAAUAACAUUUGCUUUUAUUCAACUAUUUGGUAUGAUUACAAUGGCAAAUAAUAUAUACCGCACAUUUUGUAAAGAUUUAUUUGAUGAAACAAAAACUUGGAGACAAAAAUUAGCCACGCAUCCCUUUAGUCUUUUGGCUAUUUUUAUAGGAUGUACCUGUGGUCCAGUAAUUUUUUUAUCAAUCAUAUUUUUUGCAAGCAGAACAGUAAGACGAAUUAUUUUACACAAAGGCGGUAAUCGAGUGACAAUUGUUACAUACAAUGUAAUCCCAAGUCGACAAAUAUUUACCGAAUCUCUCGAAAAUAUGAGUUGUAAUGGUUCAAGAGGUAUUCGAAGUACUUUACCAUUGGUAAUUAAAGGUAAACGAUUUUACUAUUUCAUUGAUACUGAUGGUGAUGUUUUGAAUGAAGAUCUUUUUGAUUUUACUGUGGGUGUAAAAAGAGAACUCAAUGAUAAUUAAUAUUCGUUAUAUACGCAUUAUAAAUCUAAUUAUUUUAUAAGAGAAUUUAUUAAAUAUGUAGAAAUUACUUUUUAUUAAUGUGUAAAUAAAAUAAAAAUAAGUAAAAUUU